UUGUCAGUGGCAGGACUGGUGAAUAGAGUCACUAAGAAUAUAUAUGAGAUGCUUGCCUUUAUCAGUUGAGAUGUAAAUUGUAAGAGCAGGGAGCCACACAGGACUUUGAUCCAACCAUAGCUGGAGUAUUGUAUAUGGUUCUGGCCACCACACUAUUGCCUGGGAUGGAGCCUUUCAGCCCUGAAGAAGGGCUGGUCUAGGCUAGGUUUCUUUGGAACAGAGAAGAUUGAGGGAGGUUGUGACAGAGUAUGUAAGAUUAUGCGAGGCAUGGGGCCAUGUUGAAUGGAAGGCAGCUGUUCCUCUUAGUCCAAGGUUCAAUGACAAGGGGCGUAAGUUUUAGGUGAAAGGAAGGAGGAUUAGAAAUGGAUUUGAGGAAAAUACUUUCACCCAGAGGGUACUGGAGGUUUGGAAUGAUCUGCCUGGGAGGGGAGUUGAGGUGGGGAACCUGACAACCUUUAAAAUAAUUUGGAUGAGCCACUUGAAAUGUCAUAACGCUCAAGGUUGGGGCCUAGUGCGGAUAAGUGGGACUGGUGAAGAUUGAGGGGGAGGUAGGUCGGUGCAGACUCGAUGGGCCGAAGGGCCUCUGCUGUACUGGAUGGAGAGAUCCCUUUAAUGGUUAAAGGGGGAGCCUGAGCCUGCAGUGUCUCCUCCCCCUGUCAGAGGUUGAUUUGUUUGUGUGCUGCCGUGCCCUGGUCGGAUUUCUGAUCCUGUCUCCUGUCGGCUGCAGCCACAUCUUCGCCUCGGGACGGUGUCUCGCUGCUGAUUCCAGGAGAAUGAAGCCUUUCCAGUAAACCUUGUAGAGGGGGCUGAUGUGAGUGCGCUGCUGUCGACUGGGCAGGGCCGGGCCGGGCCGGGCUGGGCUCAUUAUCCCCGGAGACAGGGAGGAGACUGUGCUGGCAGGAUGACAGUCCAGCCGGGGAGCCGUGACUGACUGAGUGACUGAGUGAGUGAGUGAGAGAGAGAGAGAGAGAGCUUGCCUGGUGUUCACUCCUUCGCUGUCUGCAGACCCUGUGGAACAUGGAGCCACUCCGUCCCCGGCUGCCCUGAAUGGGGCUAGCAACACGGUCCUGAUCCACGGCCCCGGCAGAAUCACAGAACCGCCUACAGCCUGCAGAUUAUCUGUUCUAUGUCUGUCGCAGCCUGGGGCUGAGGAAUGUGAGCCUGAUAAUUACAGCUUUCAAAUCGCUGGAUUCCACUCAAAGAGCAUCAAACCUCCCAGAUUGCUGGAGAGCUCCGGUCUCAAUGGAGAGGCGGUGGCAGGGUUGAGCGGAAGCUUUGUGGAAGGGGCGUUUGAGGGUCCAAGCAGCAGUACUGACGAGCUGGCAGUAGCCCCCAUCCCCCCACAACAAGAUGGCUUCAAAUUUCAAUGACAUUGUGAAACAGGGAUACGUGAGGAUGAGGAGCCGGAAACUGGGGAUCUACCGACGGUGUUGGCUCAUCUUCAAAACAUCGUCCAGCAAAGGACCCCGAAGGUUAGAGAAAUAUCCCGAUGAGAAAGCAGCCAAUCUCAAAGCAAGUCCCAAGGUGACUGAGAUCAGUAAUGUUAAAAACGUUACCCGCUUACCGAAGGACACUAAACGCCAGGCUGUAGCCCUCAUAUUCAGCGAUGACACGUCCCGCACCUUUACCUGUGACUCAGAGCUGGAAGCUGAGGAAUGGUACAAAAUUCUCUCCAUCGAAUGUCUCGGGGCAAGACUCAACGAUAUCACCCUGGGCGAGCCAGAUCUGCUUGCUGCUGGUGUUAUGUGUGAACAAAACGAGCGUUUCAAUGUUUACCUCAUCCCUUCCCCAAACCUGGAUGUCUAUGGAGAGUGUAUGAUGCAGAUCACGCAUGAGAACAUCUACCUCUGGGAUAUUCACAACACCCGCAACAAACUGCUCAGCUGGCCACUGUGCUCACUGCGUAGAUACGGCCGUGACAACACACGCUUCACCUUUGAAGCUGGACGCUUGUGUGACACUGGGGAAGGACUGUUCACAUUCCAGACGAGGCAGGGGGAAGAGAUUUAUCAACGGGUUCACACAGCCACUCUGUGUAUCGCAGAGCAACAUAAAUACAAGGUCCUGGACAUGGAGAAGAACAUGACAAUAUUAAACAAGAGUGCAGAAGUGGAGCACUUCCCAUCUCCAGCUAGUGCUGUGCUCCCCCGCAGUGCCUUUUGGCACCACAUCACAAGCUCACAGCACACCAGGGAAAUGGUCCGCAGUAAUCCAGAGUUAUACUGCACAGGCCAGGCAGCAGGUGACAUGGACUCCUUCCCUGGACAAGCAAGUCCUUUAAGCAGCGAGUGUACGCUCUCGCCACACUUCCCCACUCAGUGAGUGAUCUGGACAGAGCUUGCCUCAAUCUGCAGAGAGGGCUGAGCCACACCUUUCAAUAAGGACCAACAAGAAAUUGGGACAAAGCACCCCCCGCAACCCCCCUCCCCCCACCCUGCUCCCUCAUCUUACCCACUGUGUACAAAUGUGGAACAAGAUAAAGAAACACCGCACUUGACAGGAUUGGGAGAGGAAGGCACUGGCAGAAGUCUUGGAGGUGGGUUUUAUUUUGCACCUCUGACAGCAUUGAAGAUAUCUGGAGUAAAGGCCAAAGCACAAGACCAUUGAGACAUAGCACAAGGAGCAGACCUGAGAGGGAAGGCCAGUAUGCACAGUCACUCAAUGACCUAACUCAGGACAGAGCUGGUUUUGUCUUCAGUAGCAUCACUGGCAAAAACUCUUAUUGUGAAUACAAUCCUGGUGCCUGUUCAGGGACUGGCCUGACAUGAGAGACCCUCUGAUCCAAAAUUUGAGAAUAUGCUGUCCUUCCAAAUGCUGGAAUCUAAUCAGUCACUUUAUAAUAGGUACUCAGUUCAUUUGUAGAAGGGCUUUCCAAGUUUUUAUUGGACCUCAGGGUUC